GUUUCUUCUUUUUUUUUUUUUUUUGUUUUUUUGGUUUUUUUUUUUGUUUUUUGUUUUUUUGUUUUUCGAGACAGGGUUUCUGUGUAGCCCUGGCUGUCCUGGAACUCACUUUGUAGACCAGGCUGGCCUUGAACUCAGAAAUCUGCCUGCCUCUGCCUCCCAAGUGCUGGGAUUAAAGGCGUGCACCACCAUGCCCGGCUGAGAGAUAGUUUCUUUUCAAGAAAGAUUCCAAGAAAGAUUAUAUAUGAGUGUGGAUUUGUGCGUGUAGCCUGAUUCCGUGACAACUGGCCAGCCUCAUCUAAAGCUUUGUUCCUUGCUUUACACUCUGGCUCUGGCUUUUCAGGCCCAGAAGGAGACUUCAGAGUGGGACAGGCACAAACUAUUCACUCAAACUCUUUUUUUUGCCCCCAAAGAAUUAAAGAAAGCUUAACACUCUAGUAGGUAAAAAAUUUACAGAUGUUUAUCUAUUGAAAGCAUAUUUUUAAAUGUUCUAGCAGUGAUAGAAAUCAAAUAAGGCCAUAACUGUAUUAGGCAAGCUUUCUACUACUGAUCUGCACACAAAGCCUUGUUUUGAAAUAUCUUACUUUGGCCAAAGCAUAUAGUCCUCCCUACUGUUCUUUAUCAUGGAGUAUGUAGUCAAUGAUGUCUUGCAGGUACUAUUUUCUUUCUGGGUACCUUCUGUCACCUGGUCAGUUAGCACAGAUCAUCCACAUAAACUCUAUUGGUUUUUCCUGUAUGCUCACCCCAUCUUCCUUUUACAGCCAUAUUGGUGUUCAUGGCCAAUGCCAGUUCUACCAGAUUCUGCCACAUCAGUGUGGCAUGAUCCCAGACAUAAAGAAAUAAAUAAAGCAUUUACCCUGUGGUGAUGCCUCCUAUGAGCACGUGGUUCAGAUGCUGCCUUCCCUUCUGAUACUAUAACCAAACUUCUAGAAAGUAGGAACAUCUUUGACAAGGUUUAAGAUCAAUACAAAGGCUCUCUCCAGCAGCCGAGCAAGAUGCCCAAAGGGAAGAAGGUGGCCCCGGACCCCGCCGUCGUCAAGAAGCAGGAGGCCAAGAAGGUGGUCAACCCUCUGUUCGAGAAGAGGCCCAAGAACUUCGGCAUUGGACAGGACAUCCAGCCCAAAAGAGAUUUAAUGUGCUUCGUCAAAUGGCCCUGCUACAUCAGGCUGCAGCGGCAAAGAGCUAUCCUCUACAAGCGGUUCAAAGUCCCUCCUGCCAUUAACCAGUUCACCCAGGCGCUGGAUAGGCAGACAGCUACUCAGCUGCUUAAGCUUGCCCACAAGUACAGGCCAGAGACAAAGCAAGAGAAGAAGCAAAGGCUACUGACCCAUACUGAGAAGAAAGCUGCUGGCAAAGGCGACGUCCCAACUAAGAGACCACCUGUCCUCCGAGCAGGAGUCAAUACAGUCACCACAGUCAAUACAGUUCUUGUGGAGAACAAGAAGGCUCAGCUGGUGGUGAUUGCCCAUGACAUAGACCCCAUUGAGCUGGUGGUUUUCCUACCUGCCCUGUGUCGAAAGAUAGGGGUGCCCUACUGCAUCAUCAAGGGAAAGGCCAGGCUGGGGCACCUGGUCCACAGGAAGACAUGCACCACUGUUGCCUUCACACAGGUUAACUCGGAAGACAAGGGUGCUCUGGCUAAGCUGGUGGAAGCUAUUAGGACCAAUUAUAAUGACAGAUAUGACGAGAUCCGUCGCCACUGGAGAGGCAACGUCCUGGGUCCUAAGUCUGUGGCUCGCAUUGCCAAGCUGGAAAAAGCAAAGGCUAAAGAACUCGCCACUAAAUUGGGUUAAAUGUACACUAAAUUUUCUGUACAUAAAUAUAAUUACAAAAUUAAAAAAAAUCAAUACAAAGAAGUAAAAAUGAGCAUGUAGUAAGGAUGCUGUGGUUGAAAUUCUAGUAAAUGUAUAUUCUAUUUUAAAUACUAAUAGAAUGUAGCUGAAAAAGGUACAUCUCAUUUAUAAACUGUAAACCUUCUGAGUCUUGCCUGUGCCUGUUGGUAUUGCACUUAGCACUUGACCAGAAGCUCUUCUAAUGUUUCUCACUCUAAGAAACUUGUGCUUAAAGACUCUUUCCACAUCUGUAACUUCUUAAGGAUAGGUUCCCGUAAAUUAAAAUGCUGCCGACCUUAAAAUUUAAAUGUAAGCGCAUAUUCCAAAUUAAUUUCCAAAAGUUUACACCAACCUAAGUUCCGGAGUAUCUAAGGGUUUUGGUUCCCCACUCUCUCUCUCUCUCUCUCUAAUAGUGACAUUAUAGUAAAAAACAUGCUAGGCAGUGAGGGCACAUGCCUUUAGCCCCAACACUGGGGAGGCAGAGGCAGGUGAAUCUCUGAGUUUGAGGCUGGCCUGCCUGGUCUACAAAGUGAGUUCCAGGACAGCCAGCGACACACAGAGAAAUCCUGUCUCAAAAAACAAAUAAAGCAAAAAGUUUUGGCAAUUAAAAAAAAAAAAAGGUAUUCAAUAGCUGAUUAACAGAGU